AUGUCCCGUCAAGACAAAGCUACAACAGAAAGAAAUGCUCGCAUCCUACGUGAUUUAGUUAAACAACCAGAUAACAAAUCAUGUGCUGAUUGUAGAAAGAAUGAUGCGCGAUGGGCUUCUUGGAAUCUAGGUGUAUUCUUGUGUAUAAGAUGUUCGGGUAUACACAGAUCUAUGGGAACACAUAUCAGUAAAGUCAAAUCCAUCGAUCUGGAUAUAUGGACACCUGAACAAAUGGAGUCCAUUCAGAAAUGGGGUAAUAGACUAGCUAAUAUGUAUUGGGAAAAACAUCUUAAAGCGGGUCAUGUACCUCCUGAUCAUAAAAUAGAAUCUUUUAUUCGGUCAAAAUACGAAUCAAGGAGAUGGGCGAUGGAAGGUCCUCAACCUCGUGAUCCUAGCGUGUUGGAGCAAGGGGGUGGAAGCGCUGCUCACGCCGAAGCUCCCAGGCCCACACCUACAUCGUCUGUACCUCCACCUGCACCAGCAGCAGCACCCAAAACCCAUCCAUUACUUUCUCGAUCAACUGCCAAAGCAGCUCCGCCUCCUGCACCAAUGGUCGAUCUUUUUGGAUCUGAUGAACCACCUUCUUUAGCUCCUCCAGUAACCACUGCCCCACCUCAAUCGAGACCACAACCUACUCAAGCUGCUCCAGCUUCUACUGCAGGCGUGCAGCCUCCUGCUCCUACGGGUGGAAGCUCAAUAUUCGAUCUAGAUUUCCGUACACCAACACCAUCAUCUACCAAUAACACUCAACAGCAACAAUCACAAGCACAAGCACAAGGUAAAAAUGCAAAAGCUGAUAUAAUGUCACUUUUCUCCUCUACAUCACCCACAUCGACAACAUCUGCUCCACCUCCGAAUAUCGGUGGAGGUUUCUUUAAUUCUCAACCUGCACCCAAUCAAAAUCAAUUUGGAAGUUGGAAUGGAGGUAUCACAAAUUCGGCUCCGCCUCAACCUCCUUCUUACGCUCAGACUCAAAGUGCUCUACCUAGUUCAUCGUCAGGUGGAUGGGGAGGUAUACAAGUUGACCAAAAUGCUUGGGGAGCUCCUACAUCAUCCCAGCCACAACAACAGCAGCAAUACCAUCAAGCACCAGCAACCGCACCUGCUCAGACGCAGGGUCAAGGAGGUUUCGGUGGUGACUUAUGGGGUGGUAACGCCUCUUCUGACCCUUGGGCUUCAACUGGAAAUAACGCUGGUACUGGUGUAGGGGGCGGCAAUGGGUUCUUCGGUUCUAGCAACGGCAUCCAACAGCAACAACCAAAGAAAGACGAUAGAGAUCCGUUUGCGAAUAUUUGGGGCUAG